UAGACCACGCCCGGCUUUUUUCUUUAAGAGGCUGGCACUCCUCGGCCGACUCCUUCAUUCCGUCACGCUGCUUCCACGAGAGGACCUUCUUCAAGAAACCUUCGCAGACGUCUAGAAAAAGGUGAUGGUCCGGUCCGCUACACUGCUGGUGGCGUUCGCGCUGCUGGCGUCCACUGCCCACGCGCAGUUCAACUUCGAUGACCUCCUCAGUGGGACCGGCGACCCCUUCAUAAUCCUGACCCGGCCGCCCACCCCGGCUACUCCCAAUGCCGCCAUCCUCAACAACCUGGCGGAGCUGUCCACCAUGGUGAGGAGUCUUCCUGACCCAUCGUCCUUUGCCGCCUACAUGGCCGAUGAGCUGCUGCCCCAGCUAGGCAUCACGGUAGACGACGCCCAGCGGCAGACGAUCAACACAUGGGUCACCGCACUGGCCGCGGAGAAUAGCGACCUCGGCGCGCUGACCUUACAGUUCGAAGCGCUGGGAACAGCGCUCGGCUUCAACGCGGUGGCGGCGGCAGAGCAAGCGAAGAACGAUCUGAACGAAUGGAUCACCCUCAAUGGCAUCCUGCGGGCACUGUCUGCACGGCUCUCGCAAGUUUCCCCCGCCAACAUCCCUGGAAUCGCCUGGGAGAUCUCCACCGUGCUCUCCUCCUAUGGUUACCCCACGGACAACUCCUCCCUCGAGGGCAUCUACAACUGGACGGUCGCGCUCGCCGCCGCAGGGAACAACACCGACGCCGUCGCCUUCGACUUCUACUACGUGGCUGCGACAGUGAACCAGACGGUGGGAAACCUGGCACAGUUCCUGUUUGACCAAAUGACGGCGGUGUUAGACGAGGGCGAACAGGUGUACAUCUACCUGAUGCAAGUCAAGGACGUCCUGAACAACUUCAACAGCAGUUACGUCCGGCAGUUCAGCAUCCUCAUCGCCCAGGAACUGGGCACCCUAGGUUUCCCGAUUACGCCAGAAAACAGCGAGACGAUCUACAUGUGGACAAUGGGUCUGUACCAGAACACUGACGGCGACAUCGGCGUCUACAUCAACCAGUUCUACGAGGUGGCCGCCGCUGUGAACAAGACGGCGCCGGAACUUGCACAGAUCGUCUGGGAUCAUCUGACCGCCCAGAUGCAGGGCUCCGCGGCAGUCACCGCGCACCUGAUUGAAGUUCGCAACCUGCUGAGAAUCGUUGAGCUCAGUUACGUCAGAGGUCUGAGCGAGUUCAUCGUGGGCCAACUGGUGCCUCUCGGCUUCCCCUUCCAAAACGACACCAUGGAAGUCAUCUACACCUGGACCGUCGGCCUGUACAACGACGGCGACAUCACUCCGUUCGUCCAACAGUUCUACGAUGUAGCAAACCUGGUGAACGUGUCGGCGGCUGACUUGGCUUUGGGGCUGAAGAACGCGCUGAGCGAACAACUGCAGGGUGGCAUGAGCGUCGUCACAGACCUGAUCGAAGUCAAGCGACUGCUGAAGACCAGCGACUUCAAAUACAUCGAAGACUUGAGUAUGCUCAUCACAGCGAACCUCAUCCCUUACGGUCUCGAGUACAACAAUGAGUCCAUCGCGAUGAUCUACAACUGGACCGCCGGUCUCUACAUGUCCGACGACAUCCAACCCUACGUGGAGCAGUUCUACGAAGUAGCGUACAUGCUGAACGUGUCGGCGGUCGACCUCGCAGCGGGUCUCCGCCAGCUCCUGACCGACCAUUUCGCUCAAGUCAACCAGGUCGUGAUGGAUCUGAUAGAAGUCAAGCGUCUUCUCAACACGGUCGAGCCCCGCUACAUCUUCGGCCUCAGUCAGUUGAUCACCGCAAACCUCGUACCCUACGGACUGGAAUACAACGACGAGUCCGUGGCAAUGAUUAACCAGUGGACCACCGAUCUCUACAACGCACAAGACGACAUCGGACCGCAAGUCGAACAGUUCUACCAAGUGGCCUACAUGCUCAACGUGUCGGUGAGUGAUCUCUCCGGAGGCCUGCGGCAGCUCUUGACCGACCACUUCGCUGAAGUCAACCAAGUCGUCACGGACUUAAUCGAAGUUAAAAGGCUGCUGAACACCGUGGAGUUCAAGUAUAUCGAAGACCUGAGCCUCCUCAUCACAGCAAGCCUUAUGCCGUACGGGCUCGAAUACAACAACGAAUCCGUCGCCAUGAUUUACGGGUGGACCGCAGGUCUGUACAACGCACAGUACGACAUCGGACCACAAGUUGAGCAGUUUUACCAGGUAGCCUCCAUGCUGAACACGUCGGCAGUAGACCUCGCCGCGGCCCUGAAACAGCUCAUCACGGAGCACUUCGACAAAGUCAACACCGUGGUAGAAAACCUGAUGGAAGUUCAAACCCUGCUGUCGAUACCGGGCGGUGAGGGUCUUCUUCCCGAACUCGGCAUGUUUGUAACCGCGAAGCUCGCCGAACUCGGCUUCCCCUACACCGAGGAAACAGUUGCACAGAUCACCCAGUGGCUGACCGACAUCCGUAACGGGUACGACAUCGCCGCCUACGUUCGUCAAUUCUACGAGGUCGCCGCUAUGGUGGGCGUGGAUGAGGUGGAGUUGUCUACAAGUCUCCUCGAAGAGCUGCGAGCACAGCUCCGUCUAGGUGAGCAGGUGUACAUCGACCUCUUCGAAUCAAACCAGAUCCUUCAGAGAGUGGAUGACAUGGCGGUCGCUGAGGUCAUCAGCUCGAUAGUACAGUUCAUCACAGACAGAGGCGUCACGGUCACACCCGAGUUGGAACAAGGCAUCAAAAAUUGGACCGUCGCGCUGGCCAAGCCAGGGGCAGACCUCGACACGCUCACUCGAGAGCUUUUCCAAGUGGCUGAGCAACUUAACAUCCCGGUGAGGGACAUGUCGGGCACGCUGAUCGACCAAUUGAGGCGGGAGUACUACACGGCACCAAAUACAUCCAGGUCGUACCAGGCCGUCCUCCAAUACGUGAACGUCGCGUACCUGAAGAACAUCUCCGUUGAGGUCACACAGAUCCUGACGGGACUCGGCAUCCCAGUCCCGGCGCCCGAGCUGCAGAUGCAGCUGCUUGAGUGGUUCCAAAACCUCGCCCUCAAGCCGGAAGAUCUCCCCCUGUACAUCGACCAGUUCAGGGAAGUGGCGGCUCUGGUCAACGUGUCCACGGACGAGCUGGCAUACGGGCUUCUCACAGAAGUGGAAGCUCUUGCCGAUGCAUUCCCCCCGGGCGCCCAAUUGGACGGGACCGUGCAGAGCAUCAUUGACAAUUUGCCCGCGCUGAUAGAACUGGUCACCAACUUCUUCCCCGAUUUCGCCAACAACGUCAACACUCAAUUCCAGCAAUUCGGCAUGGCGGCUUGGGCCAACCUGACCACCUAUUUCAACAACGCGUCACCAGAGCAAACUCAGAUGUUCCUCAGCAAGGUUCCUGAAAUCGCCCAGCUUCUCGGCAUCGACAUCCCAGCUAACGUUCUCACAGGCACCCCCACUGAAAUCAUCCAGUACAUCCAAAGCCAGCUCCCAGACAUGUACAUCCUGACGUCGGCUAUCCAGCAGUGGAUGGAAGCCAUGACUCAGGAAUUCCCGGCUCAAGCCGUCGGAGAGUUGCUGGAGCUUCUCUUCGGUGUCGACAUGCCCGAUGACUUCUCCUUAGAUCCAUCCUACAUCAUUCAGGCGCUCCCUGUCUUCCUCGGCAACCUGGGCGUACAGGUACCUGACAACUACUUCGACAUCGUGAUGGCGUUCGCAUCCUUCGAGCAAACCCCGGAGUGGUUCGCCAACAACGGCCCAACCAUAGUCUCUCCCUUCGGCAUCAGCCUCCCCGACGACUUCCAACCUACAGAGGAGUACGUCGCUGCCAACAUCGACAAGAUCAUCCAGACCAUCGCCAACCAGGCGCCACAGAUCGUCGCGGUGGUCUUCAACUCAACCCAGCAAAUCUUCAUGCAAAUCCAGCAGAACAUCCUCGUCAACUCCGGUGGAGACGUCGGCGCUUUCAUCCAGCAGGUCAUUCAAAAGGUCCUUGAAAACUUGCCCGGAGCCAGCGACUACUUCGGCUUCUACCUACCAGACGACUACAGACCGGAACUGAUCUACUUCGCCGAGUGGGGCAUCAAGGAGCUCUUCAACCUCAUACCCACCAAGGACGAAUUCAUCGCCAUGUCCGUGCAACCAAUCGCUGCUACCCUGGCACCAGAAGACUACUGGGUUCAAGAGCUCUUGGAGGACCAGUUCAGCUUGCUCUACGACCUGAACAUGGUGUACAUUGAACAUCUGCCCGACACGCUCAAGUGGAUCGGACGCUGGCUCGGUUUCGAACUUCCCGACGACUUCAAGCUGGAGCCUGAGUGGUUCAUCGCUCAGCUCCCCAUGGUGCAGGCCUACGUGGAGCAGAACGCCGCGGUGUGGUUCGACCAGGCGGUCAUGAUGUUCUCGGAAUGGGGCAACCAGUUCAACAUGUGGUUCAGUCAGAUGGGCAACCAAGACUGGAACGCCAUGGUGAACGACUGGAUCAACAACCUCCCAGAGACGGUGUUUGGCUGGUUCAACAUCGAUACCCUCUUCCAGUACUUCAAUCCAGAGACCGCACCGGAGUGGAUGACCACCACCCUUCCUCCUCUCGAGCUCAACGGGGUGCUCACCGAUGGAUGCGUCCACGCCAUCGCCUUCAUUCUCGACGUAGACAUCCCCGAAGACUACAAAGUUGACGAUCUGGAGAAGCACAUCAUGAUGGUGAUCAACAAGGUCUUCAUGAUGCCGCCGGACUAUGAACUCUCCUUCCUCAACGAACUCAAGUGGCAGUGGGAAACCUUCGUGGUCAAGCCCCUGAACCUCGACAUUCCAGACGACUUCAAGCCAAGCCUGGAGUACCUCCCCGACGUCAUGAUGCACUUCGGUAUCGACCCGCCGGAUAACUUCGAGCCAACCCUGGACUUCUUCCUCAUGAAGGGCCGUGAGUUCAUCACCAGCCUGGGCUUCGUCUUCCCCGACAGGGAAAUGCCUAUGGGAGACCGAGACGGCGAUGACAUGCCUACAGGCGACGACAUGAUGGUGAUGGACACGAUGCUCCUUGAGUACGUCGCCGAGUUCUUCAUCAUCAACCAGAACAACUGGCCCAUGAUCAUCAAGGAGGCCGAGAUCAAGUUCACCGCGCUCGCCGCCCACUUCGCCGAGGCCGGAGACAAGAUCGCCACCACCCUCAUUCGCGACGGAGAGCUGAUCCUGGCAGCCUAUGCAGACUACAACACCAAGGUCCUCAGCAACCUCAUGACGCUACAAGAGGGGAUCUUCGGACACCUCCAGGCGCGAGCACAGGUCCUGGUCAGGAAGUUCGUGAUGUACGUGUCGCACAUGAUGAGGCUGGGAAGGUACAACCUAAGGGCCUUCCUGAGACAACUCCGCCUGAGGCUGGCCGUCGAGCUUCACUACCUGGCUAACCUCGCGCAACAGUUCAUGAACAGCCAGAACAGCAACCCCAUCCUCCAGGCGAUCGCCCAACAGUUCCAGCAGCCGACUCAUCCCCUCAUGAACACGCUCUCCGGUUUCCUUGACAACUACUUCCAGUCCCAGAACAAGCACCCCAUCGAGGUUCUGCACGACUACCUUCACAGCCGCCCCAGCAUGUCGACCCGCCCUCUGAUCGACGUGAUCUCCAACUACAUCGACAGCAUGACCAACCGCCCGAGCCGACCAGUCCUGCAGCAGAUCCUGAACUACUUCUCUGGCCAUCAGCAGAACGUCAUGGACGACAUCGCCGACUACCUCUUCGGGAUGAACGGCAACAGCCAGCGUCCUCUCCUGCAGCAACUCGCCGACGAGUUCUUCGGAAGCAACCAAGGCCAGUACCCAGUCCUUCAGGCCAUCUCAGGCAACUUCUUCGGCAACUCUCACCAGCAGUCAUCGCCCAUGCAGAUGCUGCUUGACUACAUCAAUGGACAAUCUAGCAGGCCAAACAUGCAAUCCUUCGUUCAGCAGCUUUUCGGCUCCUCUUCAAUCAUCAACGAGCUGUUCGGAAACAACGACAAGCCAUCGCCGCAGCAGAUGUUGUACGAGUUCUUCUUCGGCAACGGUGGCCAGCGUCCUCAGCCGACCCUGCAGGGGCUGAUUCAGCAAUGGUUCGGCACGAGCAGGCCCACACCCAGCCAGGUCAUGCAGCAGGCUGUCCAGGUCAUGUUCGGCGUGCAGCAGCAAGGGUGGAACACAAACACGUUCUACGACGACGACAAGGAAGACCCGCUCUCCUGGCUCCUUGGGGACGACUGGAUGUCUUGGUUCAUGCCGGAAGAAGAGGACGACAAGGAUUGGUGGUCUUCGCUAUUUGAAGACAGCAAGGAAGAUAGCAAAGAAGAUGACUGGUUCUCUUGGCUCUGGGAUGAAGAAAGCAAGGAGGACGACAAAGAGGAUAGCUGGCUGUCCUGGUUCAUUGAAGACGAAGAACCCCAAAAUUGGUGGUCGUCGUGGUUCGGCCAAGAGGAGCCGGAGGAAGAGAUGUGGUACUCGUGGUUCUUCACCCCGCCCAUGGAACAGGACAAGGACUCAGCCGAAGACAACUGGCUCUCCUGGAUGAAGCCGCAGGAAGACAACCAGCCUGACACCUUCCUGACCUGGCUCCUGUCGGAUGACGCCCAGAUGUACGACGGUUUGGACCAUCUCGUGAGGCCCAUGCAGUUCCUCCGCGGUCGCCAGUGGGGCUAGUCGUGCUAAAAGGUACCUUAUCACUCAGGUAGACAACUAUGUAGAGACCCCCAAAAUCAACACAAUGUAAAAGUGAUGGUAGACUGCUUUCAAAGGCUUUAAAUAGACAAGGAAAUAUUGACUGUAGUUCUGGGAAUCUGACAUGUAUAGAAGCAAAAAUUGUCUCAUGUGCUAGUCAGGGAAAGACCAGUAGAAGCAACAAUGAGGGCCUAGGGAAAUCACCAUUGUAUAUGUGAAAUCAUAUUGUUUUUCCAAAAAACAAUUAGAUCUUCACGAUCUGUUGUUUGUGAACUUAAGAGAAAAUUGACAACACAAAGGAAAAAAAACGCACACGUUACCAGGUCUUUCCCUUUGUAGCAAUGAAUUUUCCCUAAAAAUCUUAAUUUUACAUAAGUCAAAUUGAUUAAAUACAUAUAUUAAGUAACCAUUUUCCUGUAACCAAGUUUUUGGACGUAAAAUAGACAAUCCAAACAUUGUAUACUAGACUACGCUGUAUCAAUGCAAUGUGUGAACUUUGUGUUUGUCAAAACAGGUAUGCAUGUACAAGCAAUGAUGAAAUGUAAGUGGUGGCAAUAUUGUGUUCAGUACAAACAACAUGAUUGUUCCUUAAUCAACACGUAAUAUAUGGCGGUGUUCCUUGAUGGAAAUACUACACCUUCCUUUUUGUUUGAUGUCAAAAUGUUGUUCUUUUCUCUAAACUUAAAAAGGCGUGAGCACUUAAAACUGAAGAACCUACAAUGCAAAAGUACACAGAGUUGUUUUCAGCAACAAGCACUGCGAUAUCAGAGUUAGAACUUACAAUUUGUAGGAAAAAUAUCAAAGACUUUGGUCGUUGUUAUGUAAUACAUUAUUACUACACAAGUGUAGUUUAUUGAUGACCGAAUACAAUCCAUGAUGCUCAUUCCA